AGGAGCGCGGGCAGCAUGGCCUCCAGAGCGGGGUUUCUCCCGAACAGCCCCGCUGGCCCCGGCGGCGCGAACCCCGGCGCCGCGGGUCCACCAGGCGGAGUGCGGAUAGCGGGGAUGCCACCGAGCGCGGGGGGCUACCGGGGUCUCCCCAGCCCCGCCGGACAGUACCCGCGCCCAGGCAUGCCACCCAGCCGAAGCAUGCCCAUGGGUGGGAUGGGGCCAAUGGGUUCCCCCAUGCCCGGGCCAUCCUACGGAAGCGGCAUGCCCGGUCGCCCCGGCAUGCCUCAGUCGUCGCUGGACCCGGCCCGCAAGAGACUGCUCCAACAGCAAGCAGGGGGGCUGAUGGGACCCCGGAGAGGGAUUAAAAGACGCAAGAUGGCUGACAAAGUCCUCCCACAGAGGAUUCGAGACCUGGUUCCAGAGUCACAGGCUUACAUGGACCUCUUGGCAUUUGAGAGGAAGCUGGACCAGACAAUCGCCCGCAAGCGCAUGGAGAUCCAGGAGGCCAUCAAGAAGCCCAUCACGCAAAAGCGCAAGCUGAGGAUCUACAUCUCCAACACCUGCACACCUGCCAAGCCAGAGGGGGAGGAGGCUGAGAAGGUGGCAUCGUGGGAACUUAGAGUGGAGGGCAAACUGCUAGAUGAUCCUGGGAAACAGAAGAGAAAGUUCUCAUCCUUCUUCAAAAGCUUGGUCAUCGAACUGGAUAAAGAACUCUAUGGGCCAGACAAUCAUUUGGUAGAGUGGCACAGGAUGCCCACCACUCAGGAGACGGAUGGCUUUCAGGUGAAGAGACCUGGUGAUGUCAGUGUGAAAUGCACCCUCCUCCUCAUGCUAGACCACCAGCCACCGCAGUAUAAGUUGGACCCACGGCUGGCCCGGCUCCUGGGGGUCCACACCCAGACCAGAGCAAGCAUCAUGCAGGCACUCUGGCUCUACAUCAAGAACAACAAGCUGCAGGACUGCCACGAGAAAGAAUACAUCAACUGCAACCGCUACUUCAGACAGAUUUUUGCCUGCCCUCGGAUGAGGUUCUCUGAGAUCCCCAUGAAGCUGGCUGGGCUCCUGCAGCACCCCGACCCCAUCGUCAUCAACCACAUCAUCAGCGUGGACCCCAACGACCAGAAGAAGACAGCCUGCUUCGACAUUGACGUUGAAGUGGACGACCCACUGAAAAGCCAGAUGACCAGCUUCCUUUCCUCUACCACCAACCAGCAGGAGAUCGCUGCCUUGGAGAUGAAGAUCCACGAGACCAUCGAGUCCAUAAACCAGCUGAAGACUCAGAGAGACUUCAUGCUGAGCUUCAGCACCAACCCCCAGGACUUCAUCCAGGACUGGCUCAAGUCUCAAAGCCGAGACCUCAAGCUGAUGACGGACACUGCCGGGAACCCUGAGGAGGAGAGGAGGAGCGAGUUCUACCAGGCUCCCUGGGUCCAAGAGGCUGUGGGUCGUUACGUAUUCUCCAAGGUCCAGCAGAGAAGGCAGGAGCUGGAGCAGGUACUGGGCAUUCGCCUCACCUAAGCCUCAGAGGCUGCGGGUAGGGAACUUCUGAGUGCUCAUCUUGGACUGGCCUUCGCCCACCACAUCCUAAAUAAUCCUAACCAACAGGAUAAGAUGGAGGGAAAGUCUGAGUCCUAGACCAGUGCCAUUAAUCCAAGAAUGCAGAUGCACACUUCUCUUCAGCCCUUCAGAAAGGGGUUCGGCCGUAUUCCGCAGGAACGCUGCGGCAGAACGGCUCAACUGGAAUGUUUUUUUUUGUUGUUGUUGUUCUUUUUUUUUAUAUUUCAUACAUAUCGUCUUCAGUGUAAUGUGCAACAUUACAUACACAUCAUUAAUUUUACGUGUGAUUUUAUGUUUCUGGUCCUGGAUAUUGGACAGUUUCGCUAAAUCGCUGGUGUUAGCUCUUAUGUGCUUUUUGAAGCAUUCGGUAUUUCCUAUCAAGCUUGCCAUUUUUGGAAAGAGCUUCUGAUCCCAGCAGCUCUGCAAAGCCACAACUGCCUUUUUUCUUUUUUUUAGCAUUCUUGCCUGCAAGAUUGAACUGUGUACUAAGAUAGAAGCUUCGAAUUAAGUAGCUGGAAUAGGGCGUUUUAUAUGAAACGUAGACUUUGAUAUGGGUGCAGGAAUCCAUCUCCGUCAGACUCUCAGGAAGACGAUGCUGAUCUGCGUUGAAGAGCCAUUGUUUGCUUCAGUCGAUUCGAGGUCCCCCCACCCCCUUUCUCCUCCAGUGUUUACAGACUGUUUCGUGUUGUUAGGGUGUUUUACUGUGACUGUGCCAGACGUAGCUGUGAGCGAACACAGCUAGAGAGCGUUGUACUUGUUUGUAACAGUGGGUAGGAUUAUAAGCCAUUUUCAUAUUUUUCAUAAUCGACACUGAGAUGCCAUAAACUUAAGAAUAUCUGAUUUCUGAAAGAAUUCCGAUGCCUUCACUCUUCUUAAAGGAAUAGUUUGCCAAGUUCUUCUCACCUCAAAUGCGGUCGAUCAGCCAGAACAUGUUUGGGGUCUGAAGUUUUGCUUUAUUAGUUUUGCACUGGAUCUACAAGGCUAAUGUAGCUGAGUAAUGGAAGCGAAUUAAAAGCUAAUUACUGUUGUUUGCUGAAUUUAACGUAUUGGGGAAAAAAUAAACUUUCUGUAUUUUUUUCAAACACAUUUAACUCAGCAAAUAAUUCAGUGCACUAAAUUAUCAGAAAAAUGCCAUAUUUAACUAUAUAUAAUUUAUGUAACCCUGUAGAAGAUGUGUUAACUUAUCUUCACAUAGAAAAUCUACAAAAUGUGUCAUUUGAGCGAAGGGUUAAAAAAUUUUCCAUACAACUGUAGAUGAUGCUGUUUUAUACAGUGUCAGAAAGUCCUUUUGAAAUGAUUAGCAGCUUAACACAACUGGAGGCAGUUACAUGAUAAAGCUGCACAGUAUGUUAUUGUGAUAUUGAGUGUAUUUACUUGCACUUAAUAAUCCGAUAAAGGCAGAAAAUCAGAUGUUGUCAGUAAUCUGAUCAACAUAUUUACAUGCACUUAAGUAAUAAUAAUGGGGAAACUUCAGGUCUACAUGAAUCAGACAGUAAUCAGAUUUGCUUUGCAACCAGCCAAUUAACUCACAGAAGAAGACGCGAUGUAAACAUCAUGUAAAACUUCAGGCCACAGCUUUUUUUUAAACAUCGCACCACUUUACCUGAAAAUAUAAAAAUACAUCAUCUAGAAGAUUAAGAAUAUUUUAAUCCUUCAUUUCGUCAAGCAUGUAUUUGGUUUCAGCCUCACUCCAAAAGUGUUUUACUGCAUCUCGCGGCGGUGCUGCUCGCUUAUUUCUGCGACCGCCGUCUGUUUUCACACAUGCUCAGACUGAGAAAUAGAAAGAAAUCAGAGUAAGAGUUCACAUGCACUAAUAAAUCUGAUUACUGAGCUAAAAUCCAGCUGUUUUUAUCAUAUUUCUUAAUCGGAUUUCUAAACCUUACUCCGAUCUAAGAAAUCGGAGUGUGCUGUUAAUGUCCAUUGGAAUAAUCAGAUAAGUGCAAAAAUCCGAUUAUUAUCAGAUUACUGAGUGCAUGUAGACACACUCAUCUAACCAAUCACUGUGAUCAUCCUGAUCAGUCACAGCUCCAGAUGAGUUUCUGCACUGUUUUGAUGUUCGCAUGAUCCAAAAAGUUAUUUUGGUUAAAAUAGCACAGCUCAGUCUUCAAACAUCUCACAUAAUUGAUUUACUAAUAAAGUAUAAAUAGAGUUUUAUAUUAAAAUCGCAAAAAAUUGCAUCGCUGUCCGUAUCGUGCUGGUCUGGUGGGGUAGAACCUUCCAUUCCUCUAUAACUACAUUAGCCUCACAGCUCUAAAGCAAAACCAAAGAAGCAAAUACCAACCAUGUCUUGGCUGAUCGGCUACAUUUGAGGAAAGGUUUAAAUUGUCAUUUUUAACUAUUCCUUAAUCCUGGAGUGAAUUUGCAGGUUAAAGCCAUAUUUUUUGCUCUUCUUUACAGGUGAAAGUGUAUCUGUUCGAUGCAUAGUUGUGCUUUUUUUACAUUCCGAACAGCAGUUAAGCCAUCGCUCGGGUUAAUGAUUGUUUAGAUCAGGUUGUGUUUUGUUUUGUUGGGUUGUUUUUGUGUUAAUGACAUGCGCACUUAGUCAUUCUUAAAAUUUGUUUUGCAAGUACUUCUAAAUCCCAACCUGUGAGAUUAUUAUAUUUUUGGUCUUUGUGUAAGUGAAAGUAUUGAGGGCGCGCCGCUGUCGAGCUGAAUUUCAACGUGUUCUUGUACUUUUUAUAACCGGUUCAGCGGGGUUACGCAUUUUUGUAAGGAAAAAAAAAUGCAUGUUCUGUUUUGUAGUUUUUUAUAUCAAUCAAAUGCUUACUUUUAUACUUUUGUACUGGGCAGGUCUGUUGGUAUAUUUGUACAAUAAAAUUGUCUGCCUGCACAAA